AUGGACAACAUUUAUACAGAGUACCUGGCAAGAGCGCGGGGCAAUUCAGAUGGCCCUAUCACUGCUGGCAUGCUCCUAGCCCUCUACAGGGACUUCAGGAAGCUCGGAGACCAGAUGCUCGAUCUGAAAAAUGAGCAACAACUCUCCCGUGUGGAGAUCAUCGACCUCCAAGGCCGGGUCAAAGCUGGAAACCGACCCGAGUGGCAUCACGAUGGAUGCCCGCAGACUGAUCAGCAGCAAUCAAUUCUUUUAUUGGGACAGCAUUGUUAUCACGACCGACAGGAACAAGAUGAGGGCAGCAUCUGGGCCUCGCCAAGCGGGGCCUGCACAUGCUUGACAUCGGUCUCCUCACUCUUUACUGAGAGGCCAGAUCGCAGCAUGAAGAGCUGGCUCAUUGACAUCAGGUGGAAAGACCGGGUCAAAUACUUCAAAGCCGCACCUGACCUGAAAAGGUUGGGUCUUCGGGUAGACGACCUGCUCACCAAGGAAGGGCGGGCGGAAAGAUCAAGGCUACGGCCCAUGUGGCAGGUGAUUAAAGUGGAGCAGUGGAUCCCCGUGUGGUGUAACGGGGCCGAACUGUUUAACAAGAAGAGACCGAACGGGAGUGCACCGGUGCCCUACCCAAGCCAGUACAGCGAUGAUGACAGCGAUGGUGGAGAGGGUGGAGAGAUGGAUGCUGAGAAUGAUGACGACGCUGUAAAUAUGCCUUCCAAGGGCUGUGCUGGCGGAGUCAGCAUUACUGGUAGCAGUGGUGCUGCCACUGGUGGCAGCAUGCCGCCACCACCACCACCACCACCUCCCAUGCCAAUGGCAUAG